GAGAAGGAGAAGCAGCAUCACUGGCUGGAGACACAGCAUCCUGAAUUAAAAAGCUGCAAAAAAAGGCUGCAGACUGAUAUUUGAGAUUACAAGAGCAGAGAAAAGAAGGGGAAAAAAACAACUGGAUACAAAGACAAAGCCAUGCGGCCGCGGUCCAGACUGCUGUCCAAGAGAAGGCUCCUGCUGCCCACAAUCAGAGAGGGCACAGAAGAGACGGUGAGGGAUUUGAAUGAGGCCAACACACUCCACAUCGCCGGCCACGGCCAGGCUGUCUCCUCAGAGGACUACUUCCUCUCCAUCUGCCACCUGGCCCACCCCACCUUCCCCACUCGGCAGCUGGACGCUGUGCACCAGAGGAUGCGGCUGUCACAGCUCAGUGGGACUCCAUCAGGCACCUUUGAAUUCAGCUCCAUGGAGGAGGCGCAUGCCAGCAACGUGCAGCUGGGAGAGGAGAAAGAACUGGAUGGCGAGCUCAAGUUUGGCAACUCUGACCCACUGGAGUAUCUUUAUGGACACCAGAACAACGUCUCGGGAGGUGUGAGGAGGGCAUUUGCCGAAGGAAGGUUCAUAAGGCAACACGGGAGCAUCUGGGAGGGCCAGGCUCGCCCCAGAGCUCACAGCAUCCCCUGUGCUUCAGGUCCUGACCUCCCACGCCGACGCAAGAGCAGCUGCCCCGAGUUACACACCAGCGCUGACACUUCUGUUCCAAACGUCUCCCCAAAGCACAGCCUGACCAGGCUGGAGGCCAGAGGGAGAGGGGGGCCAACAGACACAGGAGCAGAGGGGGAGAGAGAGAAUCCAACCGUCAAACAAUCCCUCAUCUCCCAAUGGAUCUCCGACUGCAGGUCGGCGUGGAGGGAGACGCGUGUGCGAGCCUGCAUGCUGCCCACCAUUGCUGAGAUAUAGGGUGCAAAUGGACAGGCGUUGUGAUAGCAGACAUCCCUCAAUAAAGUAUCCUAAUCUUUUUCUGUCAGUGCAUGAGACAUUGACGUUAGGAGAUAUGUAGAUGUGUACUAAGCUGAUAUAUUAAAGGGACAUGAUUAAAUACACAUUAAAAAACAUGCAGAGGCAAGUAGCUAUUGCCACGACUGUCCAUCUGUAAUGUAAUAUCAAUGUCAUUACUUACUACCUAUGCUUGAUGUAUGCUGGUGAUCAUACAAAAUCAUAAAAAAAUAGACAAAUCUGCAAAAUCUUUUUUACCUUCAAGUGGUUUGUGAACUAAGAACGACUCAAUUAAAAAUUCUUUUGAUAC